CGUGCUAACGUUUUUUUCUGUGCACAAGAAGGGCCGCUUAUUCAUAAUACUCCCAGACGCAGGUGUAGACCAGGCUACCUAUUCAUAUGCUCUGCACUCUUCUUCGAUCAAUACCUACACAUCGAGACCAAGGGGCUUCGGGAGGAAUUACCAGCCGGAGAAUGGUUUCGCAAUGUUAAUUGAUAUUUGGUGCGGUUAUUUUGUGCUCUCUCAUCCAUACUUCCCGAACGCAAAUGACUUGACAUGGAUUGUGGUCGCAGUUAGGGACUUUAUUUAUGAAAAAUAGAGGAAGAAUUUAACACGAUGACUGACCAGUACAGUAUGUUUCUUACCACCGCUCCCCCUCUGAGAAGAGGAAGCACACCUCUACCAAUCAAGCACCAGCUGAGGCGGGAGGAGGCCGUAUCAGAGGACCGUGAUUGUAUAGCAGGGAUUGACGAACCAUCCACACUGCCAAUCAGUGACACUCUUUGCCAGGAUGAAUCAUUUGGUCAGGCGGUGGAGGGGUAUCAUGGGAGUGCUAUAAGGAUCGUACUACUUGGGCAGAAUGGGGUUGGAAAAUCAUCGCUGGCUCUGUCCCUAGCUGGACUGUCAGACAGAUCUCUGUCGGUGGACUCUGAAACAGCCUGUGGAGAAGGCUACGAGCGCACAGUGUCAGUUGACGAUGAGGAGAGUUCAGUCAUCAUUUAUGACAACUGGAAACAGGACCUGUCCACGCUGCAGUGUGAGGUGGUUGUCCUGGUGUUCUCGGUGACUGACAGGAGGAGUUUCCAGCGCACUGCACAGCUCCGCCUCAUCCUCAGGGAGUCACUGCCCCACACUCCCAUCAUCCUCGUGGGCAACAAGAGUGACCUUGUCCGUUGUCGAGAGAUCAGCACAGAGGAGGCCCACUCCAGUGCCAUGAUGUAUGACUGCCAAUAUCUGGAGCUGUCUGCCUCCCUGGACCACGGCACCAUCGAGCUGCUGGAGGGGGCAGUGAAGGCUGCCAGGGGUGACUGCGUGGGACCAGGCUGGACGGAGGGGGACCCCGGGGCGGGGCGCAGGGAGAGCCUGACCAGCAAGGCCAAGCGUUUCCUGACUGGCCUGGUGCCGCGAUCCUACGGCCGAGGAGACAGGGACCGAGGCCAAUACAGGGAGAUGAGCAGGCACCGGGGGAGCAAGAUCCUCCGACAGAAAUCCCGCUCCUGCCAUGACCUCAGUGCAAUGUGACACACCAGACAGACAGUGAGAGGGGAUGGGAGGUGUGUGAAAAGGGGAAGAAUGAAGGAGGACAACAGGGGAUGGGAGAUAAGUUAUGGAGGGGGAAAAGGAAGAGGAGGAUGGUGAGAAGUGUAGAGGAAGAAAGACUAGUGGAAGAUACACAAAGGAGAGAGAGAGAGAGCAGAGGACAACCUGGUUAGAAAUGAGGCAGUACCUGAGGGGGAGAGAAUGAAAGAGAGGUGAAGUCAUCAGAAUUGCAAGAUGAGAUGGAUACGAGACGACUCAUUAUGUAAUGAGAGAGAGAAAAAAACAAUGAAGAGUGAAAUUGGAGAAAGAUUAAUGAAUCAAGUAGGAAAACGGUUAUUGGAAAAUGUGCAAGAUGGAAAAGAAUUGGUCACAAAUUAAUACACCCAAGAGGCAUGUAGUGUCUGAUUAUGUAGAGACUGAUAGAGAUCUAAUGUAGACCUAAUGAUUAUGUAGAGACUGAUAGAGAUCUAAUGUAGACCUAAUGAUUAUGUAGACUGAUAGAGAUCUAAUGUAGACCUAAUGAUUAUGUAGACUGAUAGAGAUCUAAUGUAGACCUAAUGAUUAUGUAGACUGAUAGAGAUCUAAUGUAGACCUAAUGAUUAUGUAGAGACUGAUGGAGAUCUAAUGUAGACCUAAUGAUUAUGUAGAGACUGAUAGAGAUCUAAUGUAGACCUAAUGAUUAUGUAGAGACUGAUAGAGAUCUAAUGUAGACCUAAUGAUUAUGUAGACUGAUAGAGAUCUAAUGUAGACCUAAUGAUUAUGUAGAGACUGAUAGAGAUCUAAUGUAGACCUAAUGAUUAUGUAGACUGAUAGAGAUCUAAUGUAGACCUAAUGAUUAUGUAGACUGAUAGAGAUCUAAUGUAGACCUAAUGAUUAUGUAGAGACUGAUAGAGAUCUAAUGUAGACCUAAUGAUUAUGUAGACUGAUAGAGAUCUAAUGUAGACCUAAUGAUUAUGUAGAGACUGAUAGAGAUCUAAUGUAGACCUAAGUCCCUGUUUAAAAGCAUGAUGUUACACAGUAAAUAGAUUUGCAGAGAUAAGACUUGCCCAGUAGGCUCAUGUAAUUGUAAUAACAACGUCCUGGAUUUACUUCUUAUUGGCCGGAAGCUAUGGUAUACUAUCCUUCUCCUGUGAUCUCCAAUGCAAUGCCCUUUACAAAAGCCUCAUCCAUGCACCUUUUAUACCGAUCAGAUUUAAUGUCGCUGCUGCAUAAUCCCUUUAUAUCAGGUAUUGCUUUUGGAGAUUAUUUUUUUCUGUAGAGCAGGUAGUGCUCAAUAAUCCCAUAGAUGAGAGAACUUGGUUGGAGCAGGUCAUAUAUUACAGGAGCUAUUUUGAAAGUGAAUGUAAACUCAAGUCUUGCGGUUAUAUGGAAUCUGGCCACUUAUCCCACUACACUCUCCUCUACACUGACUCAAUGCUAAACAUCCCUGCACUCAAUCAUGAUCCUAUUUAAUAGGGCAAAGAGAUUAUCCUCACCAGGAUAAACUACAGGCUCUACCUAUAUAUAUGCAGCUACUGCAGAGCCUAGCGAUAAGUAAAUAGCUCUAAAUUAAUAGAAGUAAGGAAUACUUGUAACUAGGGCCCAGACCUGACAGGGAAAACUCUGGCAGAAUCCCCAGACUGGCAGAAUCCACAGACUGGCAAAACCCACAGACUGGCAGAAGCCACAGACUGGCAAGAACCCCAGACUGGUAGUACCCACUCCACUAACUGCUGACUGAGGCUGAGUCAGAGCACAUUGGCUUGCUAGAGGAAAACAGGAAUAUAGAUUAUACAGUGCCUUCGGAAAGUAUUAAGAACCCUUGAUAUUUUUCACAUUUUCUUACGUUACAGCCUUAUUCUAAAAUUGAGUAAAUAAUUUUUUCCCUAAUCAAUCUACACACAAUACCCCAUAAUGACAAAUGUGUUAAAUAAAAAAUGGAAAUAUUCAUUUACAUAAGUAUUUAGACCAUUUACUCAGUACUUUGU